AUUAAACACAGUGAAACUUCGAAACAAAGAGUGUCUUCUGAAACAAAUUUUGUUUUGUUUAACGUUGGUGUUUAGAAAGACAUAUCAAUGUUGUUGGGGAAGAGAAACAGAGAAACAAAGAUAUCACUGUUAUGCCCUUCACUCUCAAAGUCAAAAAGUGUUGAACUUGUUACUUGUGAUGAUGAAAAAAUUGAUCUUGGUUCCAUAGCUAUAGCUUUUGGGUUAGACCCAUCAACGUUGAGGUUGAAUGGUUACUUUAUAAGUAGAGGAGUUGAUCUUAUUUCUUCUUCUGUUACUUGGAACUCUCUUCUUUCUUUCUUCUCUUCUAGAGGUUUGUCUACUGGGAAAAGUAACCAUGAUGCUAUUGUUGUUACUGGCAAAGAUGUUAACAAGGGAGGACAUGAGUCACUAGAUUUUCGAAAAGGGAUUAGCAAGGUGAUAGAAACUGAGCAUGCAUUAGAUAGCAGUAGAGGGAAUCAACUUGAUGAUAUCAACUUGCACAAAAAUAAAAAGUUGAAAGAGAGCAAAUCAGGUGAGAUCUUGAAUGGUCUAAACUGCAAGAGAAAGUAUCUGUCUGAAGAUGUCAACCAAUUCAAGAAGUUAAAAAUAAACGAGGAAAAGUCAGAUCUUCGAGAUAAAGUCGAUGAGUUCUCUGGAAGCAUUUCACGCAGCCAGUUUACAUGCAGUUACACGAGUAAUAAUGUGAAGAGGAUAAGAGAAGAUGAGGCAAUUGUAGCAGCUAAUUACAAAAGGAUUAGAUAAAUCUCAGAAAAAACAGUAGUCUUUUUUAACAUAUCCUUUAGUGCAGAAAAAAAAUUGAAGUAUAGAGUUUUUUUUACAAAUCCAUUGUACACUCUUAUACUUAAGCCUUUAGCUUUUAGUUUUUUCUUUUUAGUUAUGUAAUUGCUGUAAAUUCAUCAAUCUGUAUGAUGUGCUUUUACAAGAAGAGAACAUUGAUUUUGAGGUGCCUCGGAUGAUGUACUACCAAACCAGUUGUAUUAUUAAAGUGGCAUUUGUGGUA